AUGUUUCCUGCUUUGAUUCGUGGUGCAGCGCGCUUCUCAGAACGUCUUCGGGGUGACUUGAGAAAAAAGAUGCAGCACCAAGCCCCGAAGCCGCUGAUUCUCAUCGAUAUGGACAACACGAUUGUAUCAUUUGACGACGCGUUCGUGAAACGCUGGAAGGAAUUGGAUCCACACGCCGACGAGGCCCUGAUUCGGAAACGGCAGCACUUUGAACUCGAAGAAAACCUGCCACCCGAAGCUCGGGCAAUAGCGGAGAAAAUCAUGGGGGAGCCCGGGUUCUAUGCCUCGUUUCGACCACUGGAAGGAGCUAUCGUGGCCCUGCGCGCGAUGAUCGACCGGUCCUGGGAGGUCCGGCUGUGCUCGGCCCCGCACCCGCUACAGUGGGAAGACUGCGUGCGAGACAAGUACAGCUGGGUCCGCGAGCACCUGGGUAGCGAUUGGCUGCACCGCAUUAUGAUCGUGCGUGAUAAGACCUGUGUUCGUGGUUCUGUGUUAAUCGACGACAAACCCAGUAUAUCGGGGUUCUAUCCCGAUCCCGAGUGGCUCCACGUCGUUUUCGAUCAGCCGUACAACCGCGACGUGGAGGCGCGAGCGCGCCUGAGUCACUGGUCCCAAUGGGAAGAAGUGCUUACACCGAUCCUGAAGGCUCAAGGGUUUUCUGUUUAA